CUUUGUAUGCUUUAUUAGCACCCAGUUGUUUAUGCAGCUGUUAAGCGAUACAGUUACCGCACCUGACCACAGAAACAACUAACGCGCUCAGGCAGCUUGCACGCCUUAUCUGCGCCCUGACGCUCGCACCAGCACUGUAACAUGCAGGCGACUAUUAGCAGAAACCUAAAUCGUCAAGUAGCUCCUGCGCCAGCCCCGCCAAGUCGCCGAGUCGCGACGCAAGCGCUAUCGCCCGGCUCGCCUUCAGCCUCUAGCAGGCGCGCCCUUUUGGGCGCGAUGCUAAUCGGAAUCCCUUUCGGUGCUUCUUUAAAAGCUGAGGCUGCCGAAAUUCAAGACUACAUUUCUCGAGUCUUCCCAUCCGCCCCCGAGCCGGUUACGUUCCCAAGGAAGAGUCUGAACCAACCGUUCGCGGUGUUGCUGAUGCGCUCAGGGUACGAGACGGUGGAUGAGCUGGACUUCAUUCCCAUGAAUGAAUUCCAAAAGGACUUUUGGAAACUCCGCGCCAGUGAGCAGGAAGCCUACAACCUGCAGUAUUCCCCCUUGAAGCCGCGUGUGGGUGACAUCACCGACCCGCUCUACUUUGACUUCAUCUCCUACUCCCAGUUCUCCACCAUCCUGCGUGAGAUGCCGAAGGGGCAGCAGGUGUUCAAAGAGUACUGCGAGGAUUGCCCCGACCUGACCCGUGUCGUACGACGAGAUGCGGCGCUGCAGGACAACUCGCAGCUGCCGGCGGUGUUCUUCACACGCACAGGCGACCGUAUUUACAGCUACCUCAAGGAUGGAUUCAGGGGGACGCAAUUCGGCGCGCCCGCACCCCUGCUCCCGGGAGCCUCCUUGGAGUCCCUAGCGGCGGCGGCGCAGCAGCUGCUAGACAUCAUGGCGGAUAACGGAUACGCGCUCAAGGCCCAAGUGUACGAUGUCAACGAGGACGAGCACUCCUUCCGAGUCAAGAUGACCGGACCCGCCAACCUCUGGGGCCUCACCUCGCUUAACCACCGCCGUUCCGCGGUCCUCAACGCCUACGAUGUGAUGGCCCUGGACGCGCUGCUGCGUGCAAGCGGCCGCAGCCCCGCCUUCGAGCUCAGCACGGGGCCCACGGGAGUGGAUGA